AUGGAUGUAGGCAGCAGCCUCAACAUCCUCUACGCCAAGACCCUCGAUGCCAUGGGGAUCGCCCGAUCCCGUCUCUGCCCCAACGAAGCACCCUUCCACGGCAUCGUGCCGGGGAGACGGGCAAUGCCCCUCGGGCAAAUCGACUUGCCCAUCACCGUUGGGAAUCCUUCCAACUUCAGGAAGGGGACCCUCACGUUCGAGGUGCUGAAGAUGCCAAGACCCAACGGCAUCAUCACCGUUAGCACGUCCUUCCAGAAGGCCUACGAGUGCGACGUCGAGUGCUGCGAAUACAUCGCGGCUAUCACUGCCUCAAAAGACCACGUGGUCCAGCUCGCGGAGGACGCCAAGGACUUGCCCGACUCCAAAUGA